UUUCCGUGCUACUAUUACUUUCGCAUCUGUGAAUGUGCAAUCGGCUGAUCUCCGGGCCACCCCGUCACUAUAUAGGCGCCACCACUUCCCUCCCACUACCAUUUCACGACACAACUUUACCAAAGGCGGUGCCCCACGAUACCCCAUAUGCACGUGCCUGAUAACCCAUAUCACCGCCAUCAUCAUGGAGGAUUUGGCUAGUGACGCGGGAGCUAAGGAUGCCUCUGGUGUCCCCAAGACUUCCAGGUUUCAUUUCAAAUCUAAAAGCGAAAGCCGCCCAAAGCGGCGCCAUAGAUCGCGCGUGGAAGAGCGGGAUGACGAUCAUACCUCCAGACGAGCUCGUUCUAGGGAACGGAAUCCCUCAAAGCAUCGGCAUCGCUCUAAGCGCCGAUCUAGGCGCUCACCUGAGUACGACCGUAAGUUUCCACGCAAUGGAGCUUAUGAAAAUCCCGAAAAUCGCCACCGAGAAUCUCUGUACGACGAUCUUUUCAAGGAACAUCAAAAGCCUACCUCGUUGGACCCUGACGCUGCCUUUCGCGAAUCAUUGUUCGACGCUAUGGCGGAUGAUGAAGGCGCUGCAUACUGGGAAGGCGUCUACGGUCAGCCGCUGCACACCUACCCUAAUACCAAGCCCGGUCCGGAUGGUAAGCUCGAACGUAUGGAAGACGAAGAAUACGCAGAGUAUGUGAGAACCAAGAUGUGGGAGAAAAGUCAUCAACACAUCCUUGAGGAGCGUGCAGCAAGAGAGAGAUUGCGCAAGAAGCAAAGGGAAGACCGCGACCGGUUGGAUGAUGAUAUUGCCAAGGAUGAACGUGAGAAGCGCGAAAGGGCAAAAAUUUUACGUCAAAUGGAAGCAUCUUUGAGACGUGGCGAGGAGCGGAGGAGAACGAGAGAGGCCGAUACGUAUUGGAACCAAUAUCUCAGCCGGUGGGACCAGCUCAAAAGCAAUAAGCCAACAAUAGAUACCGCUGAACAGGCUCAAGAGUUGAUACCCUGGCCUGUCGCUUCCGGGAAGUUACGCCAUUUGGAUGGAGACGAGAUCGAGCGGUUUUUGAGAGCCUCCAGCGCUUGGAAGAAUGAUCCUGCUGCCAUAUUGAAGGUUGAGCGCGUGCGAUGGCAUCCUGACAAAAUGCAGCAGCGUUUCGGCCAGCACAUCGAUGUUGAUACUAUGAAGUCGGUCACAGCUGUCUUCCAAGUCAUCGACCGGCUGUGGAAUAAGUACAAGUGAGAUCGAUAGCAGCCCUCUUACUUGUAUUUGAUAUUGCCAAGGGUCCUGCAAUUCUCACCGCCAAGAACUCCGCUUACAUAUUCCAUGCCUCGAUUGAAUCUUGCUUCACCCUUUUUGGUUUUCUAUUCGGCCGGCACUUGAGGGAUUCUAGCCUCUUUUGGGUCGUCGAUCGGGUGAAU